CGUCACUUGGUCAACCAAUGUCUUCUCAAACAGUAAGCCAUAGUCCGCUUGUAGACCCGUCACUUGGUCAACCAAUGUCUUCUCAAACAGUAAGCCAUAGUCCGCUUGUAGAAUCACUUGGUCAACCAAUGUCUGCUCAAACAGUAAGCCAUAGUCCGCUUGUAGACCCGUCACUUGGUCAACCAAUGUCUGCUCAAACAGUAAGCCAUAGUCCGCUUGUAGACCCGUCGCUUGGUCAACUAAUGUCUUCUCACAUUGAAAGUCAUAGUCCGCUUGUAGAAUCAGUUGGUCAACCAAUGUCUUCCCAAACAGAAAGUCAUAGUGCGCUUAUAAAAACAUUAGCUAGUAAACUAAAGACUUCUCAACUAGGAAGACGUAAUCCGGUUGAUCAAACAUUACUUGUUGAACUAAUGGAUUCUCUAAGAGAAAGCCAUAGUCCGCUUGUACCAACAUCAUCUGGUCAAUUAAUGUCUUCUCGAAAUGAAAGCCGUAGUCAGCUUGUACAAUCACUUGGUCAACCAAUGUCUUCUCCAAGAGAAAGCCCUACUUUACAUUUACCUACGCUCACUGAUCCACCUACCCCCCACAAUACAUCUUCUAGCCUUCAGUCUCCCAAUCCUUUGCCUCCAUCUCCCAUUAAUCCUCCCACUAACAUCAUGCAUCAAGAGCAAAUGGCACAUAGCGAUUUAGCAAUACCUCUUACGUCUUUAAAUAUUCAGUCUUCCACAUCUGUACAAUCAUUGCCAAAUAAUCUGUCUGGUAAUACCAACACCCAUCAAUCUCCGCCCACCGUUUCACAUGUAUUACAAGACGAUAAUGACCAUCUCCAAACUCAAAUGCCCAUUGAACCAGUUUCAAAAAUAUUAUUCAUCAUACCUCCUACCCACACGAUUUCCAGAAAAAGGCGAAAUACCGAAUCACCAGUACGUAGCUUGUCAGACUCGCCUACUACAGAAGACUAUGUCAUUUGCAGAAAAAGACUGAGCCUACACUCGCCUUUACCUAGCAGUUCGUUUAUGUUUAAUGCUCCAGAAGAGCCCGACAUUCCUACCUCUCCGUCACCAGUACCUAUUAAUUACAGCAUGACUUCUCCACAAGAUUUAAAUUCAUCAAUCUUAUCACAACUUGAGUGCUCCGUGGAGUCAAUUCCUACCGUAGCCGCUAACGACACAUCCGAAUCGCAAGAUUCCCAGUCACCUACUGUUAUCGAUUACUCCUGUACCUUCGCCCCUGUUCCUUCACCAUCAGUUCCUCUUAUAACUCCCACGGCGCCUUCUCCAAGGCAAAAUUCCAGUUCACCUAAAGCUACUGACCAAAGUACGUCAUCACAGUCUCAAUUUUCCGUAACACCUGUAACAAUGUCCUCAAUUAACUCCAAUCCGUCAGUACCUUUGAAUGCUACAUGUUCACAUCCUCAACCUUCUAAAACUCCUUUACCUUCAUCAUCAAGUCCUCCUCAAACUCUUAAUGACCCAAUACCUCAACCAACACUAAACUCCAGUUCACCAAUCCCUCCUAAACGUCCAACAUCAGCACCUCCUUUAUUAACUUUUAAUAACACAGUGAAUCCGCCAUUACCUCCAGACGACAAUGUCUAUUUGUCUCAGUCCCCCGUUAAUCCCGAACUCUUGGCGACAGUUCCUCUUAUAUCCCCUACUGACACACUACCCGUUGAUCCACAAUACCCCGUCCUUCACAUACCUUCACCAACACACUCUGAACUCACUGACGACAUUGUAUCUGAAUUUGAUAGUCAGUGUUCACAAAUGACUGCUGGAGAAAAUGUUUUGGAACAGCCACAUGCCCCAACUAUUCCUCUACGUGUGCCAACUACAACCCCUGAUGACACCACGCCUCAAUUGCGGAAUGAGAACCCAGUGCCUAAUUCCCCAAUUAUUGUUCCUAUCCGCCCUAAACACCCUGGCCCUCUACCCCGUAAAUGGCGAAGUGAUUAUACACAUGUAAGAUCCAAUGACAAUGUGCCUCCCCGACCUGAUUGCCAAAUCUCCGUUCCUCAAUCAAGUUCCACUGGAUCCCCUGAAACGGUGACUCCUCAAAUACAAAACAACGAAGACGGUUCACAAUAUAUAGUCUUCUCGACCCCACAAUCCCCAGACUCCCCACAGCCUGAGACGUCUAUUCCUCUCGUUAUAGUUCCCUACGAGUUCCCUAGUAUUUCACUGCGUACCUCCCCCGCUUCUACUGGUAGAGCUUCAGCCCCACCAGUAGAAGAGUGGGAUGUAGCUCCAUCAGUAAAUUCUCCGUCUCCUAGAGAUGUCAUAUCAAUUGAUAGUUUAUUAAGUUCAUCAAGCGAUACCGUUUCUUCCCAAAGGCGGGAGUCUAAUUCAAGUAUAUCUGACGAUAGCGACUCGUCUGCACCCCAGUCCCCAAGUUCUCCUUUACCUCAUUCUGAACGUGAGUCUCUCAGUUCCGCAUCACAGUCACCAACUCCUUUGCCUCCCAACAACAUGUCUCCCCAUCGGAGCAGAUCCGAUUCAUCUGAAUCCGAACACCAAGAUCUUACUUCAUCCGACGAUGACGUUGCUUCUGGUAAUAUAUCUUCUCCUGAACCUCCGUCACCCACUCCUUCAUCUCCCACUGCCUCACACCCCGUUCCUCUGUCUUCUCAUUCUUCAUCCUCAAAUUCCUCACCCUCACCUCCGCCAUCUUCGAUCCCCUUGUCUCCCGUUCCUCUUUCCUCGACUUCUUCAUCCUCAAAUCCCUCACCCUCACCCUCAACUCUUCCAGCUCCAAUUCCCUCACCAGCACCACCCGUUCCUCCAUCCUCUACUCCUUCAUCUCUAAAUCCCUCACCCUCAAUACCUCUAUCUCUGAUUCCCUUACCACCUGUUCCUCUAUCAUCUGCUCCUUUACCCCCAUAUCCCCCACCCCCACCCCCACCCUCAACUCCUUCAUCGUCAAAUCCCAGGCCACCCGUUCUUCUAUCAUCUGCUCCUUUACCCCCAUAUCCCCCACCCUCAACUCCUCACCAAAUCCCAGGCCACAUCUAUCAUCCUCUAUCACCAAAUCCCAGCCCCGAUUCCCACGCCACCCAUUCCUCCAUCCUCUACUCUUGCAUCACCAAAUACUUCAGCACCAAUUUCUCCGACUGCGUCCGAAGACAGUAA